AUGAUUCAUUUACUAGAUUUAACAAGAAGUCACAAUGGAUUAAUUUUAAAAGUUAAAUUAAGCAAUAGUAAAAUUAUAAACUGCCAUCUGCACGUUCAAGGAGAGCAUUUUGUUUACUCCGCAUUAGCCACUAUAGCAGUUAUGGAGAUCUUAAAGCUCGAGUUACCACAGAACGCAUUUGCAACUUUCAAGCUCCCAAGUGGCAGAGGAAAUAUUUAUAGCACUCAAUAUAAAGAGAAACACAUAUGGUUAAUUAAUGAUUCUUAUAAUGCUAGUCCUGCGUCAAUGAAGGCUGCUAUAAGAACUUUAGGUAUACACUCUAAUAAAAGAAAGGUUGCACUACUUGGUGACAUGCUAGAACUUGGUGAUGAAAGUAUAAAAUUUCAUAGAGAGCUAUGUGACUUUAUAACAGAGUAUAACAUAGAUAGAGUUCAUACAGUCGGGGGACUGAUGUCAGAGCUACAUAAACUGUUACCAGAUGAAAUAAAAGGUAUGCACUUCAAUGAUUCUCAUCAACUAAAAAAUAAUUUAAAUGACAUCAUUCAAAACAACGACGUAGUUUUAAUUAAAGGUUCACGAAGAGUAAAAAUGGAUCUUAUAGUGCAGAAAAUUUUGUCUGCAUGA